GCAUAAUCCUCAGCAAUGAUGUCAUCAUCCACCCCCAGACAGCUGAGAAUGAGAGCCACAAUCAGCCCGGUGCGGUCCUUCCCGUGGGCACAGUGGAUCAGGACCGGCACGUUCUCUUCCUCCGUCACCACACGCAGAAUGUCCACCACGGCUCUCUUGGUGAACUCCAGAAUCUCCACAUACUGCGAGGCCAUAGUCUGUCGAUUGAUCACGGCCCAGUAGAAGAACUUGACAAAGUAGUGGCAGCCAAAGAGCCAGUCCACUGCCACCAACAUGAGCGACAGGUAGCGAACAAAGAAGUUGACCUUUGUGAAGAUGGCCCAGAUGAGGUCCAUGGUGAGCAUGUUGACCAAGUAGCGCUUCCCCUUGAAACAAGGACCGGUCUUCGAAGACUCGGGGCUGCUCUGAGACUUCUGUUGACGUUUCUUCAGCUGGCUUCCCCAGCGCAUCGAGGGCCUGAGCUCUGCUAACCUGCCUCUCUCUAUCACACAAGGAGGGUAGGCGCUAUCCAAGAGCUUUUCUCCGUCUGAGCGUUCAUACUCCGACUUUCGGCGUAGGUCGAUGAUAGCUUUGAUGCCGAGGCGGUUGAAGAGGGUCGUUUCGUCCUCCGUGAGGAAAUCGGUGCGAGACGAGCGGUAGAUGAGGCCGUCCUUGACUCGCUGACCGCUGGACGUGACCAGGCCCUUGCCUCCAGCCUGCCUGAAGUUGGGAAGGUUUUGAAAUGUGCAAUCGUCCUCCAUGUCGGUCAUCUUUGCCCUCGUCUUAGUGUGACUGAAAGUGUGACCUUUAUCGCGGACUAACAACCCUGACCUUUUCUCCCCGUCAGAUGCCGAUGAUGUAACUGGAAAAUGGUGGUGUGGUCGGAGAGUCUUUUCCUCAGCGCCAUAUGGAGCUAUCCUUACGUGGCACUCUUGUCUGCUGUAGUGGCACUGCUCUCUUUUUUAUGGGUUUUCUAUAGACCGACAAACAUUAGCAAGGACAAGGAGAAACAGGUGAAAAGUGACGCUGGUAUUGGUGUUUGUGAAUUGAAACAAAGUGAGGACGUGAACAAACAGACGCAGUCCACCCCGCACUCUCUCUCCAUCUUCUAUGGUACUCAGACUGGUACUGCCAAAGUACUAGCAGAGCAGGUGUUUAAGGAUGUGACAUCUCUCGGACUAAGAGCAUCAGUUACUGAUCUCUCGUCAGUUGAUCCUGAGCAGUGUCUUACUCAACAGUGUGCAGGAGGAGAAGGAGGGAUAUGUGUGUUCCUCCUCUCCACCUACACUGACGGCGGACCACCAGACUCUGCUGCCUGGUUCACCCGCUGGCUGGCCGACACUGCUGCCGACUUCCGUGUCCACAAGUCUCUCCUGAAGGGAAUGCACUACGCAGUGUUUGGUCUGGGGAACUCUCUGUACACACAGCACUAUAACACUGCCGGGAGGGAGCUUUACCGCCACCUCCAGCAGCUCUCUGCUCAGCCUGUACAUCAACUCGGGUUGGGAGAUCAGAAUGUGGCUCAGAGCAAGUAUGGAGGUGAGGAGCAUCUCUAGUAGCAUCAAUCUACAUGUAUCAAUAUAUGCUUACUGGUAUUUGCACUUUAAUUAAAAUUCACCCUAAUUGUGUGGGCGUCGAUAUUUUUAACCCUCGGCGCAUUCGCAGCGAGGGUUAUAAGUACUGAAUUGGUUUGUAAGUAUGUCUGUCUGUCUGUACCAUGUUUUAUGCGAAUACGCGC